CGGCCCACCUGACGCCCAGGGGAGCCCAGGGGAGCCCAGGGGAGCCGGUCGCCCCUGGGGGGGGGCGCCUCCCGAAAUGUCCUGCCUCUGUCCUCUUGGGUACAGUUCCUUCUGAGAUUCUUGGUGCUCCCCGGUGAGGUACGACACCUGUCCCUGUUAGGUACAGUUUUGCCGUCCUUGACCUCUCCAGUCCCCUAGUGGGGAAGGGCACCCAGCCUAGUCCGACGGGGACCGGCCGCGGUGGAGACCCCGGGAGUGAAGGGCGAGUGACACGCAGGCGCGGAGGCGCGUCUUGGGGGCGGCCUCAGCGGACCCCCUUCCUGGAGUCUGUGAAGAUCACUGGUAGGAAGAACUCUGAGUACGCCAGGGCACCCUUUGCACAUGACGAUGGCUCAGAUCCUGAGGUCCCGCCUGGCAAAUGCUGCAGCGACUCCUAAUCGAAUGAAAAUCCUUCCAUAUCUUGGAGUCCUGCGAAAUAGGAUGAUGUCAACUCACAAACUGAGAAAGAAGAUGAGAGAAUACUAUAGGCUGCUGAACCUGGACGAAGGGUGCUCUGCGGAUGACGUCAGGAGGUCCUUCCGUAAGCUGGCCAAGCAGUACCACCCAGACGGCGGCUCCUCCACUGCUGACUCGGCAACGUUUGUAAAGAUCGAAGAAGCUUACAGGAAGGUGCUUUCCCACGUGACGGAACAAACAAAUGCCAGACAGAGUAAAGCUGAAGAGGCGGACGAAGAGGAAGGGAAAUUCACAUAUAAAACACCCCAACACCGGCACUACUUAAGUUUCGAAGGGGUUGGUUUUGGGCCUCCAAGCCAACGGGAGAAGCAGUAUCGGCAGUUUAGAGCAGACCGUGCGACCGAGCAAGUGAUGGAAUAUCAGAAGCAGAAACUGUACAGCCAGUAUUUCGCUGAUAGUUUAACUGUGCAAGACGUAAGGCAAAGUAAAGAACAAAAGAUCACUCAAGCAAUAGAGCGCCUGGUGGAGGACCUCAUUCAGGAAUCAAUGGCAAAAGGGGACUUCGAUAAUCUCAGUGGGAAGGGAAAGCCUCUGAAGAAGUUUUCCGGCUGUUCGUACAUUGACCCCAUGACUCACAACCUGAACAGAAUAUUGAUAGAUAACGGGUACCAGCCAGAAUGGAUCCUCAUGCAAAAGGAAAUAAAGGAUACUAUCGAUCAGCUCAGGGAGGCGAUUUUAGCAUCCAGGAAAAAACUUGGGAACCCCAUGACAGCAACCGAAGAGAAACAGUGGGACCAAGUUUGUGAGCAGUUUGAAGAAAACAUCGGAAAACUAAACAAGCGAAUCAAUGAUUUUAAUUUAAUCGUUCCCCUGCUAACCAGGCAAAAAGUCCACUUCGAUGCACGGAAAGAAAUUGCCAGGGCCCAGGACACGUAUGAGGCCCUAAUAAAAACAGGAGAAGUCACAGCAAAAAAGCCAAAUAGCAGUGGUCAGGGAGAAGGGGAGAAAACAGCUGGAGUCAAGACAGGUUUUUUCAACUGGGCAAAUAUGUGGAAAUUUAUUAAAAUCUGACCCUUCCAACAGUACUGCCCCGAGUCAUUUUCAGCUGCACUGACGCCACACACAGAGGCCGAGACCGUGCUGCUACCCAGGAGCCUGAGAACUGCGCGUCUGGGCACUUGCACAAACUGAGCUCGCCCCCAGCCCCCAGGCCGCGUGAGGGAGACGGCGUCAGAAGCUGCGUCAGAGAGACGCCCAGCCAGCUUCACUCUGGGAACAGAGCGAGAAGAGAACCGAGGAAGCACUUUAAUCCGUGUCAGAGUUGGUCAGUCGCCAGGUGAAAUGGGUUUGGGCAGGGACUCCUCCGACCGGGAAUCGUGACGGGUAUCCCAAAUUCCUCAGUGCGGUUUCAAACUCUAAUUUACCAAGUUGUCAUCUGCCAUCUUCAAACACAGGCCCUCCAACAACAUCAACAAGCUGAAUAAAUAUUGUCAAAAGUCAUAAAA